CCAGAAGUCUCGUUGGAAGGCGUCCCUCUACCGUCAUGUGACGCGAGCCCUCGCCUCACCCGUCCGCAGCCACUCCCCGUCUUCUUCCCAAGCUCGAGAGGGCCACGUGACACCCCCGAGGCCAGUCACGUGAGGCGUGGAUCCCGGGUGGGAGGGGGUUGGCGGAGGGGGUCCAGAGUGGCAGUAAAGGAGGAAGAUGGCGGGGUGCAGAGGGUUCCUGUGCUGCUGCUGCAGGUGGUGCUGCUGCUGUGGUGAGCGUGAAACCCGCACCCCCGAGGAGCUGACCAUCCUUGGAGAAACACAAGAGGAGGAGGAUGAGAUCCUUCCAAGGAAAGAUUAUGAGAGUUUGGAUUAUGAUCGCUGUAUCAAUGACCCUUACCUGGAAGUUUUGGAGACCAUGGAUAAUAAGAAAGGUCGCAGGUAUGAGGCGGUGAAGUGGAUGAUGGUGUUUGCCAUUGGAGUCUGCACAGGGCUGGUGGGUCUCUUCGUGGACUUCUUUGUGCGGCUCUUCACCCAGCUCAAGUUCGGAGUGGUGCAGGCGUGUAUCCUUUUCACGGGUCUUGGUGUUUCCGGACGUCAGCAGUUGCUGACGCUGCUUUCCUGUCUAGAAACCUGGGGCAAAUGUGGCGUUACACUGAGGUUUGUCAAGGCGUGGGCUGUGGGAGUACAGGUGUCUUUUAUAUACGGAGAGCAGGAAGGUGUGCAGGAAGCAGUCACCAUGCUUCAGAGGAGGAGAAGCUGCCUCACUUCAAGCGACGGUAGGGCCGCCCCAGCUAGCGGGCACGGUUUCCUUAACCCCACGUCUGUAGCGGUGGAGGAGUGCAGCCAGAAAGGCUGCCUUGCCCUGUCCCUCCUUGAACUCUUGGGUUUCAACUUGACUUUUGUCUUCUUCGCGAGCCUUCUUGUCCUAAUUGAGCCAGUGGCAGCGGGUUCUGGGAUACCCGAGAUCAAAUGCUAUCUGAAUGGUGUGAAGGUGCCCGGAAUCGUGCGUCUCCGGACCCUGCUCUGCAAAGUCUUUGGAGUGCUGUUCAGUGUGGCUGGAGGGCUCUUUGUGGGGAAGGAAGGCCCCAUGAUCCACAGUGGAGCAGUGGUAGGGGCUGGCCUCCCGCAGUUUCAGAGCAUCUCUUUACGGAAGAUCCAGUUUAACUUCCCCUAUUUCCGAAGUGACAGAGACAAGCGGGAUUUUGUAUCAGCAGGGGCGGCUGCCGGAGUCGCUGCAGCUUUCGGGGCCCCCAUUGGGGGUACCUUGUUCAGUCUGGAGGAGGGCUCGUCCUUCUGGAACCAAGGGCUCACGUGGAAAGUGCUCUUUUGCUCCAUGUCUGCCACCUUCACCCUCAACUUCUUCCGUUCUGGGAUUCAGUUUGGAAGUUGGGGUUCCUUCCAGCUCCCUGGAUUGCUGAACUUUGGCGAGUUUAAGUGCUCUGACUCUGAUAAAAAAUGUCAUCUCUGGACAGCUAUGGACUUGGGUUUCUUCGUCGUGAUGGGGGUCGUUGGGGGCCUCCUGGGAGCCACAUUCAACUGUCUGAACAAGAGGCUUGCAAAGUACCGUAUGCGAAACGUGCACCCGAAACCUAAGCUCGUCAGAGUCUUGGAGAGCCUCUUGGUAUCUGUGGUGACCACCGUGGUGGUGUUUGUGGCCUCCAUGGUGUUAGGAGAAUGCCGACAGAUGUCUUCCGCAAGUCAAGUCGGCAAUGACUCCUUCCCACUCCAGGUCACGUCAGAAGAAGUGAAUUCCAGCAUCAAGACCUUUUUUUGUCCCAAUGAGACCUACAAUGACAUGGCCACACUCUUUUUCAACCCGCAGGAGUCUGGCAUCCUUCAGCUUUUCCACCAGGAUAGUACUUUUAGCCCCAUCACUUUGGCGUUGUUCUUCGUCCUCUAUUUCAUGCUUGCAUGUUGGACUUACGGCAUUUCUGUUCCAAGUGGCCUUUUUGUGCCUUCCCUGCUAUGUGGAGCUGCUUUUGGACGUUUAGUUGCCAACGUUCUCAAAAGCUACAUUGGAUUGGGCCAUAUCUAUUCGGGAACCUUUGCCCUGAUUGGUGCUGCGGCUUUCUUGGGUGGGGUCGUCCGUAUGACCAUCAGUCUCACGGUCAUCCUGAUUGAGUCUACCAACGAGAUCAGUUAUGGCCUCCCCAUUAUGAUCACCCUGAUGGUGGCCAAAUGGACAGGGGACUUUUUCAAUAAGGGCAUUUAUGACAUCCACGUGGGCCUGCGAGGCGUGCCGCUUCUAGAAUGGGAGACGAAGGUGGAAAUGGACAAACUGCGAGCCAGCGACGUCAUGGAGCCCAACCUGACCUACGUGUACCCGCACACCCGCAUCCAGUCUCUGGUCAGCAUCCUGCGCACCACCGUCCACCACGCCUUCCCCGUGGUCACGGAGAACCGGGGCAACGAGAAGGAGUUCAUGAAGGGCAAUCAGCUCAUCAGCAACAACAUCAAAUACAAGAAGUGCAGCAUCCUCACCCGCGCCGGUGAGCAGCGCAGACGGAGCCAGUCCAUGAAGUCCUACCCGUCCAGCGAGCUGCGGAACGUGUGCGACGAGCACGUGACCUCCGAGGACCCGGGCGAGAAGGAGGACCUCCUGCAGCAGAUGCUCGAGCGGAGAUACACUCCCUACCCCAACCUAUACCCUGACCAGUCCCCGAGCGAAGACUGGACCAUGGAGGAGCGCUUCCGCCCGCUGACCUUCCAUGGCCUGAUCCUGCGCUCACAGCUCGUCACCCUGCUCGUCCGAGGAGUUUGUUAUUCUGAAAGCCAGUCGAGCGCCAGCCAGCCGCGCCUCUCCUACGCUGAGAUGGCCGAGGAUUACCCGCGGUACCCUGACAUCCACGACCUGGACCUGACCCUGCUGAACCCGCGCAUGAUCGUGGACGUCACCCCGUACAUGAACCCCGCACCCUUCACUGUUUCCCCCAACACCCACGUCUCCCAAGUUUUCAACCUGUUCAGAACGAUGGGCCUGCGGCACUUGCCCGUGGUGAACGCGGUGGGAGAGAUCGUUGGGGUCAUCACACGGCACAACCUGACACACGAGUUUCUGCAGGCACGGCUGCGGCAGCACUACCAGAGCCUAUGACGGCCCGGCUCGGCCUCGCCACCACGUGCCAGCCCGUCCACUCGGGGAGCUGCAGCUCGGGCUCCGCCACCAUGGCUGGCCAGGGCUGUUCCCGUGCACGGAAGAUGCCCAGUCGCCCGCGCGCUUGGAAAGCCUACAGUCAUCGAACGCUUUGCCAUCAGAGCUCCCGGGGGUAGUGUCAAGCCAUCAGAGUCUGGACUUGUGUGAGCUCUCCGCCAGUGUCUUCCCGUUUCCUGCCCCCCGCGCUCCCCCAUCCAGUGCUGGCACAGGCCCCAGCCCCUCCUCCCCGCUCGCACCAGGACCGGAGGGGAAGUCAGGCCUCACCCACUGGCGGGGGGGCACUCGGAGCAGGUCCCCCGCCACCUCUUUGCUCCUUUCCUAGGGAACCCAGCUGUUGCCUUAAACCAUCAUGGGAGGGACCUUGACCGAGGCAAACACUGGGUGGAAUGCCAGUUGCAGAAUUCAGUCAAUUACUAAAUUGAGGAAUCGGGCCCUGAGAAAACUACGCAUGUUUCAGGGAGGCCCGCCUUCACUGGGACUCUUAAGUUGACAUCUUCAGCAGUUCAUUUUGAGGGAAGUUCUGCUUCUGGGUGUGAGCUGGUGCUCUGGUCUUGCCCCUGUGCUGUGAAUCUCCCUAGAACCCGAGAAGCACAAAGCAUUCAAAUCCCACUAAUUAGUUCCUGAACAAUAACUCUGACAGUAGGGUUAGAUUUAUAUCUGCCCUAGUUUUGAGCAUUUCGGCUUCCUCUCCAUUUUCCAGAUUACCCAUGGUCUCCGAGUGCCACGUUUUCACCCUGAUCCUUUUCUUCUCCAUGGAAUUACUAAACUUUCCUUAAGUUUUACCUGCAUCUUCCUGGUGAAGCAACCCCAGCCCAGAGGAUCUUGGCAUCACCACUAAAAGCAGGGCACCCCUAGAUGAAACUGCUUCACUUGCCUCUGGGCAAUGGUGCAGUUAUUCAGAAGAUGGAAAGGAGUGAAUCCUGAGCCAGGUCCACUCACAGGUACACGAUGUGGCUUAAAAAGCCGGAGUGUGACAGUACAGCAGAUGUUUAUUCGAGGAAGAGGGUGUCUGCCCUUCACGAGCACUUCUCACUGGCCUCCUGCUGGCCAUCCCCAGCCUACCGAGCGGCUCAGCAGUGGAAACUUCAGGAGAGGUUAACAGUGGGGAGAGGGAGGUGCCUCCUGCCAGCACGUGCCCCGGGGUUUUAACAUCAAGCGGAGGAAGCCUCCCUCUCUCUUUCAGUGACUUAGUUUCCCUCUGGGCUGGUUGGUCCUCUCUGAACAGCCACCCAAAGGCAUUUGCGCUUACUUUCCUCUUGCGCGCUCUCUACGUGUUUAGCAACGUCUUAGCCCGUCGUGCAACCAUGUGGCAGAUGCGCUCUGAGAGUCAAGGUGGCAUUCAUUUGCAUUACGUUAGUUGUUUUUUGUUUUUUUUAAUCAUGGAAUUUGCCUGAGGACGUCAGUGCCAGGCCUCAGCAACGCCGUUCUCUCCCCUAGCCUCCCGACUUCUUUUGCCGCCUUUAAGCCUGGGGGUGGGGGUGGGGGGGGGUGUCCGCCCGGCUUUGCUGGCUCAGGUCUUGUGCGCCACACACUCUAGGGAACAACUCCAUCUACGCCGGGGGGCUGCGUCAGCACCAUUGCCAAUGACUCUGGCCCCUCCGUUCCUCCUAUUUUCUUAAUCUCUUUGACCAAGAUUACUUCAACCUAUAAAAUUUUCAACUUCCUUGGGUGCACUUGACUUAUGAAACACAGAUGAAACUCCCAGUAAGUAGUUCGGGAAAUCACAAGGACCAAAAGGGCAAGCCCUUCUAAAUGUGAUUGUGUUCAACCAGCUGCCACUAUUUUAAGGCAGCAUUCGGAACUUGACCGCAUUAUUUCUUCCUUUUAUUAAGAAGGAAACCAAUGCCCAAGUCAGGCGGGUGGCAUGACCGCCCGUACCAGGAACCUGCUUUCCUCUUCCCUCUCCUUCCC